UCCCUCCCCGCACAUGUCGCCCGUCAGUCAAUGCAGGACAGUCUUCUCCACAGUAUGUAAGAGACAAGUCUCCUACUCAGUCGAUUCCAUAUCUCGCAGAUACAGAAGACAGGGGGAGAGUUUGCAGCCAGAGGUUUAAUGCUUUGCCCGACAUGCCACCUCACAUGGAUUACUUCUCCCACGAGUCCCGAGUCCCUUCCGCUUGCGGGCUGACCCGGGAGGACGAGCUGGACCCCGGUGUCAUCAGCUGUAUGCUGGUCGGAGACGGAGCCGUCGGGAAAACCAGCAUGAUCGUCAGCUACACUUCCAAUGGAUAUCCGACGGAGUACAAGCAGACUGGCUUUGACGUCUUCUCCGGUCAGGUCCAAGUAGAGGGGUCCCCAGUCAAAGUUCAGCUUGUGGACACUGCUGGACAGGAAGAGUUUGAUGAAUUCAGGUCUCUGUCCUAUCGCCACACGGAUGUCUUCCUCCUGUGCUUCAGCAUGGUCAACCCCACGUCGUUUCACAACAUCACCACCAAGUGGGUUCCGGAGAUCCGGGCUUUCAACCCCUCCGCGCCCAUCAUUCUUGUGGGAACUCAGUCGGACCUGUUGCUGGACGUGAACGUCCUCAUCAACCUGGACCGAUCCAAUGUCAAGCCAGUUCUGAGCUCGCGGGCGCGGAGCAUGGCGGAGAAGAUCAGGGCGGCGGAAUAUGUGGAGUGUUCGUCGCUCACGCAGAAGAACCUGAAGGAGGCGUUCGACGCCGCCAUCUUCGCCGCCAUCAAGAACAAAGCCCGCAAGAGCAAGAAGAGGAGGUUUUCCGACAGGCGCACCAAGGCCUUCUCCAGAUGCAGCUGGAAAAAGUUCUUCUGUUUCGUCUGAUUGUCGACCCUGUGGGUCGUGGACAAAAUUUAUUAUUUAUUUAUCACAUAUUCUUUCUGUGGCAGUUUAGCGUCCUUCCUUGUUAAAUAUUUGGCUUCCUUUCCCUGUGAUACCAAACGGGGAGAGGGACACAGAGACAUGAGUACACAGAGCUUUGAGGACUAACAUUACUACUGCAGAGAAGACUCUGCGUCAUCUUCAGCCGGGGUCUGGUUUCACACUCUAUCAGACUGAUUCAGGACGGCUCUGGUGUUUACACUGUAUUCAAAUGUUUCAUUGUUCCACGGCACACUGAGUGGAUUGAGCCUUUAAAGGAGGUGACCAUAUAAGCUGCUAAAAAGCCAGAGGAAAGCCAGACCGUCACGUAAAAGCAGGGAUCUUCCACGGUGUGUUUGGGCUACCAAGUGCAGCCUUUAAUGUGAAGAGAAACAGAAAGUGUCAGGACAGUGUUUGGCCAGAUGGGCGUCAGCCCCUUCUCCGCCGUAUUCCCGCUGUCAGGCUGCUGCAGCCUAUUUAUAUGCAGGAGCUGCAAGUUCAGGUUGCAGUGUGAGGAGCUGCAUUCUUACCUGUGUGUGAAAGCUCCCCUGGCUGGUUUGGUUGGGUGUUUUCCGCUCUCCGAGGAAGUCAUCUGACAAACGCGCAGUUUAUUUUUAAUCAUAAUUUUACCACGUGCCACGAUUUGAAGAGUCCAAUUGAACACAGCACGCGGCUGAUCGUGACAGACAUAAUUGCGCUGUCGUAAUCUUUCCUUUUCCUGCACGGGAACUCGUUUGAAAAUGCUCCCGUGUGAGGUGAAAGGUUUGCAGGGGGAGCAGGCUUUUUGUUCCUCUUCCUUAUCAAUCUGCAUUUGUAAAAGCAGGCACCGCAGGAGUCUUGACUCCCACCCUGCGUGUCCUCCCACCACCAUCCAUCGGCCUUGCUUCUUCAUCCGCCCCUCUUUGUUUAUGUGCCCAAUACACUCCUUAUCUCCUCUGCAGCCCCGUGUGAACAGAGAAUGUUAAACAGCCUCUGUGUGAAUGUAAGUGUAAAGUAACACACUUAGAAAAAAAAAUGAAAAAGAACUGUGCACGCGAAAGUGACAUGUGGCACUCCAGUGUAUUCACAUCUGGUGCGUAUAAAAGUGUAAAUAAGACUUUACUAUGCUUCUUGUGGAAGUCAACUAUGUGAUAUGUAUUCUGUUUGUAAAAACAGCUCCUUUUGUAAUGUGCGUGUGUACAUAUGUGUACAUGAGAUACUGCCUUUAAAAUCAUUAACUUACCGCUUUCACGUCAUUGUCACUGAUCUGAAAACAUCUUCUCCUCUAACCUGUGUGUCUGUUUUACACGGCGGCGUGAUGUGAUGCAAAUAAAUGAAGUGCAACUUAAA